GGAUGCCAUGAUCAGAUAUAUGCAUCCAAGCCUUCUUCAUUUGUGUUUACUUAGUUCAGUAUACAAAGUUUGCUAGCGAUGAGAGCCUCAAAGAGCGAUCCACUUUGUUAUGACAACCAAGGGAAAUCCGUAACUGUAACUGAUCAAAAGAAUCGUGUGAGUAAGACCCCAAAUGGAAAGAAAAACCCACAGUGCGAAGGUAUUGUACAGCGAAAAAUGGAGGAGAAAUACUGCAGCCUAUUGGCUGAAUACAGGCGAGUACAGCAACAGGAAUCGGUUCUCAGAAACAACAUGGCGCUCCUGAGGGCGGAACUGAUUCUCUGUCAAACACAGAAGUAUCACAGAGGGCUGCAAGAUUUAGGAAGGAUAACAUUAGAUCCCAUUGAAAUCCGGAGGAUUGAUUCUAAGCGGUCCAGAUAUCAGUGUAACCAAGUGAAGCGACCUUAUAUUGUACAGAAAUACACUUCAGAGCUCGGCGGCGGUGCUUUGAGGCGCAUUCCGAGAAACUUCUCCAAGUUAAGAUAUACCUUACCUACUAUCGUAAAAGAAAAUUCUACAAUCAAAUCAAAGAUAAUGACAUCGAACAACGAAGGGAAUACUAAAAUGAGUGAAGUCAGCAAGGGUCUGGCGAACAAGAAAGAAUCGUCUAACGAUAAGUGCUCCUGUUCAAACUGCAUAAAUUUCCCCCCAACUGUUGUACGUCCUCCCCGAAUAUUGAUAAUCAAGAAAUCGCCCCAAGUUUACAAAACUAAUUAUAGACUUCAAAAGCAUUCUUUUCCACCAAUUCAAGAGAAGGAAAAAUCAAAUGUGUAAUUACAAUAUGACUUUAAAGUAAAUAAUAAAGUUCAAAUCGUUGAUAAAGUAAG